ACGGACUGGAAGACGUGUCAUUUGUCAGAGAUAUAGGUUCUAUUAAUAACUUUAAUAAAUUAGUUUUUAAAUGAAUUAACUAUAUUUUCAAAAUGUUGGCUUCUUCAAGCCAAAGUAUGUCAACCUCCAACUCCUAUUCUAACGACCGAAGCCUGAACUUUGAAAAUGAAUAUGCGGCAGAGCCUUCCACCGGGGGCUUUUUUCAUUCUGACUUCAAGAAGCACGACGAUCUCAAAGAAAUGCUGGAUUCUAACAAGGACAGCUUGAAACUUGAAGCUAUGAAGCGCAUAAUUGGGAUGGUAGCCAAGGGACGUGAUGCUUCAAUGCUCUUUCCUGCAGUCGUAAAAAAUGUUGUUUCAAAGAAUAUUGAAGUAAAGAAACUUGUAUAUGUCUAUUUGGAACGAUAUGCUGAAGAACAACAAGAUUUAGCUCUAUUAUCUAUAUCUACAUUUCAAAGAGCUUUAAAAGAACCAAAUCAAUUAAUAAGGGCUGGUGCAUUAAGAGUUUUAUCCAGUAUAAGAGUUAAAAUGAUAUCUCCUAUUGUAAUGUUGGCUAUUCGAGAUGCUUCCUCAGAUAUGUCACCUUAUGUUAGAAAAACAGCUGCUCAUGCAAUACCAAAGUUAAACAGCUUGGAUCCAGAGCUGAAAUCUGAACUGGUAAUUAUAAUUCAAAAGUUACUGGCAGAUAGGACUGUAUUAGUUAUUGGAUCAGCGGUAAUGGCAUUCACUGAAGUGUGCCCUGACAGAGUGGACCUUAUCCAUGAAGUAUAUCGCAAACUUUGUGCCUUGAUAGUAGAUGUUGAUGAGUGGGGUCAAGUUACUAUUGUUAAUAUGUUGACAAGAUAUGCUAGGACUCAAUUUGCUGACCCGAAUAUACAUGAAAUCGAAGAUGAACCAGACCGUCCUUUCUAUGACUCAAACUCUGAUGUUUCUGAAAAGCCUGCUCCUUCUUUGAAUCCUGAUCAUAGAUUAUUAUUAAGAUCUACCAGGCCUCUCUUACAGUCAAGAAAUGCUGCAGUUGUUAUGGCUGUAGCCCAACUAUAUCAUCAUGCAGCCCCUAAAAAUGAGUUCCUUCUGGCAGCAAAGGCACUGGUCCGUCUUUUACGCUCUCAUGUUGAAGUUCAAAGCAUAGUAUUAAAUGCAAUUGCCUCUAUUAGCGCCAAGAACAAAGGAAUGUUUGAAACUUAUCUGAAAACCUUUUUUAUAAGGACUUCAGAUCCUACAAAUGUGAAAUUGCUAAAAUUGGAAAUAUUAACAAACCUUACAACAGAUGCCAAUGUUUUAACAAUAUUGAGGGAACUACAAACUUAUAUCUCCAAUAAUGACAAAUAUUUUGUUGCUGCUACCAUUCAAGCGAUUGGAAGAUGUGCCUGUUCGAUUUCCGAAGUUACUGAUACGUGCCUUAGUGGUUUAGUUGCAUUGCUAUCUAAUAGAGAUGAUGCAGUAGUUGCGGAAAGUGUAGUUGUUAUUAAAAGACUGUUACAAACACAAGCUGCUGAUCCUAAAGAGAUUAUUACUCAUAUGGCAAGAUUACUUGAUGGCAUUACUGUUGCCCAAGCAAGAGCAGCAAUUUUAUGGCUUCUUGGAGAACAUUCUCAAAAAGUGCCUAAAAUUGCUCCAGACGUACUCAGAAAACUUGCAAAAUCAUUUCCAGAUGAGGACGACACUGUAAAGCUCCAAAUAAUGAAUUUAGCAGUGAAGCUCUACAUAACAAAUCCAGAACAAACUUCAACGCUUAGUCAAUAUAUUUUUAGCUUAGCCAGAUAUGAUCAAAACUAUGAUAUUCGUGAUAAGGCGAGGCUGUUGAAAUAUUUUAUCUCUGGACAAAGUGGCAAAUUCCCAUCUCAAGCUGCAAGGAUAUUUUUGUCCAGUAAACCUGCUCCACUUUUACAGUCACAAUUUAAAGAUCAAGAAGAAUUACAAUUAGGAUCAUUAUCUCACUACAUAAAACAACGUGCUGUGGGUUACGAACAAUUGCCAGACUUUCCAGAAGUUCCGCCUUCUGAUGAUGUAAGAAAUGUGGAACCUAUUGUAGAAGAAUCUGGCAAACAUCACAAGCACACUGACAACAAAGGUAAUGAUAUGUUUUCAUGGGAAUCAGCUUCUGAAGCAAACUCAGCUGCAGAAGAAAGUGAAAGUUCUAGUGCUGCCAAUAGUGAGUCUUCCAGUGAGAACACUGGUACUGAAGAAACUAGUGAUGAUGAAAGUUCGGAAGAAGAUGAUUCCGAAAAGAAACCGGGUAAUUCUCAAGGAUCCUCCCCUGAGGAAAGUGAGUCGUCAAGUGAAGAAUCCAGUUCCGCUGAAGAUCGAAUUAAUACCAAACCUCUUAGUAAUCAUGUUGCCAAGAAGAACAAUGUACAGGAAACUGCGAAUAAUAGUACUAGAACAAAUGAGCCAAAGUCCAAUUUAGAUCUAUUAUUAGACUUUUCCUAUGGUGACUCAGCUGCGCCUGUCCUGACACCUUCUCUAGGUGGAUUUCUCUCACCUUUAACAUCAUCAGUGGAACCUUUGCAAACUCUCCAAGUAGUUCAACCAACAAAUGCCAAUACAAAGCCCAAGGAAUUGUUAAGUAAAAUUAAUGGCAACGGACUUUCUGCUUCAUAUCGAUAUACUAGAUGCCCACAUUUAUAUUCCCCAAGCAUGACGAAUAUCAAUGUUGUGUUUACUAAUAAUACUUCUGCAGACAUUACAGAUAUCCGUUUAGGCAAAAAGAGUUUGGGUGUUGGUAUGAGUAUGCCAGACUUUCCAUGUAUACCAAAAUUACCACCGAACUGUUCACUUCCAGUUACUUUGGGUAUUGAUUUCAAUGAUACCAGUCAAACAGCAAAUUUCGAAAUUGUGUCUUCCUUAGGCAAUUUUUCUGUCAGCAUCAAACCAAAUGUGGGCGAAUUGCUGCGACCAGUAAAAAUGCCAACUAGCAUGUUUGUAGAGAAGCAAUCGAAACUAUGUGGAAUGAAUGAACAUACAGCCAUUGUGCCGGAGGGCCAUAAUUUUGUUGAACGUGUGGGUGAAUUCACCAAUUUGGGGCCCUGUGAUAAUUCGUUUCCAGAAUAUUUAAGAUUUGCUGGACAAACAAUGGCUUCAUCAAGUCUAACAUUGGUCACUAUUCAGACAGGUGAGAAAACAACAUUAAGAAUUAACUGCGAAAAUGCCGUCUUUGGAUCGAUGAUGCUCAACGAAUUGUUAAAUACUUUGAGUUCAUAAAGAUUAUUUAAUUUUAUUUGAUUACUUGUGUUAUUUUGUGUUUAUAAAUAUGUUUGUUUUUUUUGUAUUUUUCUUAUAUUUAUCACAUUCCUACCUAGCACAGAUGUUUUUAUGCUUAUAAAUCUAAAUUUAUUAUAUUUAUUUUUUUUGAAAUAGUUUAAAUAGGUAUGUAAAUUAAAAAGAUUUCUCCUUAA